AUGACGUCAUCGGGCGUUCUAGCUGGACUGUUUCUCGUCAUCUGCGUGUACAGCUCGUCUGCUUACGUUUUCAAGCGAGCUGUUUGUGCCAAUACGGAACUGUCUGAUACACUUCGCAACCAAAUCCUUUCGUUCCAUAACGACGCUCGCCGUCGUGUUGCAAAGGGACAGGAGCCGAACAAUGUUGGCACACUUAACCCUGCUAAGAAACAUGUAUAA